AUGUAUCAAACACUUGACAAACCCACAAUCUAUUCUUCUUCUUCUUCUGGUCUUCUUAAACUAUUUUCUGAUCCCUUGAAGAUUUUCUUCCAAAACAAACACAUUCUUUUCCCAGUCCUUAUAUUCUUCACCCUCCCUCUUUCUUUCCUUCUCUUUUCCCUUUCUGUCUCUUCCCGCCCCAUCAAACGCCAUAUUAUCCACCUGGAAUCCGUCGCACUCCUUUCCCCAACCCGCGUGGAAGCGCAGAACGUCUUAAAAGAAUCCCGAGAUGAAUCAUUGUCUCUCCUCCGUCUCAAAUUCUUCUUUUCUUUGCCUUCCUCAAUUCUCUCUCUUCUCUCCUUCAUAUCUACUGUCCACGUUACCUCCUCUUCCCCUUCUCACCGUUCCUCCCUUCCCUCCACCGCCAAUGCCCUCAAACUCGCUUGGAAGCGCGUUGUUGUCACCUCCACCUGUUCCUACGCUCUGCUCUUUCUCUAUGUCCAACUCCUACAGCUUUUCUCCGUCGUCUUUCGAAACCAACCUCGGAUAAGCUUACCCAUUUCGGUAAUCGGGGCGGGUUUCGAAGUUUACUUGAUGGGGGUGUUGGGGUUGGGUCUGGUGGUCUCGGCAUUAGAGGAAAAAUUCGGCUGGGAUGCGUUUCGGUUCGGAUCAGAGUUAAUGGCGGGUAAGAGAGCUUGGUGGUGGUGGGUUACUUGCAUGUUGGUGGUGAUCUCGGGAUGGAUCGGGAACCGGAUCGAGAAGUUAACGGAAGGUGAAGAUUUAGUUAAGUCGGGGAUCUGGACGGUGGUGGUGGGUUGGGAAACGGUGGCAUUAUGGUGGUCUUACGGCUUGCUGGUGAUUUGGAGUUCUAUGGUUACUACUGUUUUUUACUGCGACUGUAAACACCGGCUCGACAAGGGUGAAAAUCACAGCCCGAUUGGUACGGAUUUGACUGAGUAUACAGUGUAA